AGGACCUGGUGGCUUUUCGGAAUAUAUUCUAUUCAGAAAAUCGUGGGAAGCAAAAGGCUUUGGAUUUACUUUACGCGGCCAAAACGAUUUUAAACUAGAAAAAUUUACUGCAGGUUUCCCAGAAUCUUUUGAUCCUUACUAUGGCGUGAAGGAUAAUGGGGAUAUUUAUGAUAAGGAAAAUCAAGACUCGUUUGCAGACUAUAUUUUUAAGCAUUCUGAAAAUGGUGUCCAUUUUGUUAUGGCGGAUGGUGGUUUUUCAGUUGAAGGUCAAGAAAAUAUUCAGGAAAUUCUUUCAAAACAACUUUAUCUCUGUCAGUGUUUAACAGCGUUGAAAAUUCUUUGCGAAAAUGGAAGUUUUGUGUGCAAAUUUUUCGAUUUAUUCACACCAUUCAGUGUUGGGCUAAUAUAUUUAAUGUAUAAGUGUUUUGAUGUUAUAUCAAUUAUAAAACCAAAUAGUAGCAGACCAGCUAAUUCCGAACGUUAUUUAGUAUGUAAAUGGAAAAAAGCAAAUACAAGUGUUAUUUGUUCGUAUUUAGAUUAUGUGAAUAGUUUUAUUAAUGAAAGUCGCGGAGAUGACGUAAUUGAAAUUGUAAAUUUGGAUCUUAUAACAAAUGAUUGUGAAUUUUUUAAUUACAUCACAGCAUCUAAUAACAACAUUGGUAAAAAUCAAAUAAUUGGUUUAAAAAAAAUUUUAGCUUACUAUCAGAAUCCACAACUUCGAGAAAGCAGGCAAUCAGAGAUUAGAAAACAAUGCUUAGGAUUAUGGAAACUUCCUGACAAAUUACGACAGGCUCCUGAAGUGAAGUCACCUGAAAAAAUAUUUGAAGAACUUUUAGGUAACUGGUAUGAAGACAAAGUGUUACUUUCAUCUAUUCCUGUAGAUCUUUAUUCCAUCGAAACUUUGCACAAAAAUAUUGACAGUAUCUACGAUUGGUACUUUGUGCCAAUAGGGAGAGGUGAAACCAAUCUUAAUAGUUGUAGCAUUUUUCUUAGUAAGUCUCGCGGAAAUUUGCUUCGAUAUACUGAUAAUAAAAAAUGGGAACCUAUUGAAUAUAUUUUUGAAAUAUCUCCUAAGUCACUUUUCUAUGGUGAAAUUGUAUUUGAAUAUAAUGGAGAAGGUAGAACGCAGACACGUGCUUGUGGGUUACAUAUUAUUGACGCUAUAAUACUAGGAGGAAAGGAUAUACGUAGGUUGAAAUUAAGUGAUCGAAUUAAAAUGUGUCAAAAAUUUAGUUUAAGCUUAAAUAAACCAUAUAAGGACGGAAAUAUUGGUUUUAUUCGAAGCAAACCUUUGUAUAAACUAGAAAAAAUAAAUCAAUUUUUUGAUGAAAUGCUACAUUAUACACUGAAAGACAAUUCUCAACGACUCGGUUAUGCAUUAAAUGAUAAAAAGUUUUUUGUUCCUGGUGGAAUUUUGUUCUUUAGUGAAGUUUGUCAUCUAUUUUUUUCAAAGAUGUCAAGUUCAAGAAACAUGUUGUACUACUUUAAUAAAACCGACAAUAAAUCUUAUUAUAUGGAUUCUAUGCCAUCCGCAUUGAAAAAUACAUUAUAUGCAUCUUUUAGAAAUAGUUUUAUUAGACGUAUGUUAUGGAAAUGGACAAACAUCACACAAGUCGAAAAACAUGGCAUACAAACAGAUUCGAAUUUACUUUAUCGCAGAGAUAUAUAUAACUUUGUAUACAACAAACAAGAUUCUGUAAUAAUAAACUAAAAACAAAAUUCGUAUAAACAUAAU